GUGCUUAUGUUGUGUUCAUGAACACUGGGUCGUGGAGGACGUCACUCUACUUCUUCUUAAACUAGUUUUAAAUAAAUAAGGACUGGUUUGCAAACAUAACUCUGGUGACUGACUGAAUAACUGGGAGGGUAAACGGAUGAAGGAUGUCUGUUACGGCUCUGCGUCUGAUCCAGUGUCGCAGACUGAGCACAGCCGGACAACCUGGUGUGAAGAAGGUGUUUCAGUGGAAAGCUUUAAGGAAAGCUGCUAAGGUGACUGGUGCUCUAAUCUUUGGUGGCUGUGUUUUUAUUUCUUAUGAGUUGGUGGCUCUGGAUAAAGCUGUGACCCUCGACACCAGUGCAGUUCUUCAGGAGAAGUACAAGUCCCAAGUCUACCUGAAGGCCACACCCUCAGAUGAAAAUGAGAAUCUCACUGCAGGGCUCACACACAAAACAAGGAAAGAACUUCAUAAAGCAGCAAGACGGCUUCUGGAAAUGUCUUCUAGGCUCUUUCUGCAGUCACUAGAUGAACACUUCAGCCAUGUGGAUGCAGACCCUCAUGAGGUGGCGCUGUGGGUCCUGCUCAAGAGGACGCAGUCAGCUAACAAAGCCAUCAGAUUACAGGCUGUGCAGGAGCUUGCUGACAAUCACCACUGGCACGACUACCAGUAUCAGACAGCAGCCCAGGUCAUAGACCAGCGGACAGCAGUGGGCCUGGCUCGCACUCCUCAGGUAGACCUGCGCUUCUUCCGUCAGCCACCUGCACUGCCCGAAAUGCAAGAGGUUUUAUCAGCCGAGGAUGGACUGAGACAGUUAUUGGCGUCCCUGCCUCAGUCUGAGGUGGACAAGUGUGUUCAGUACUUCACGUCUCUGGCCCUCAGAGAGAGCAGCCAGUCCUUGGCAGCGCAAAGGGGCGGUCUGUGGUGUUUUGGCGGCAAUGGGCUGCCCUACGCCCAGAGCCUCACCUCUGUUCCUUCUGAGAAGGUGGAGUCCUUCUGUCUCCAGGCUCUGGUUCAGCACUCCAAGGUACAGAGUCACUGUGACUACAUUGUCUCAAAUGGAGGUUUACAACUCCUACAGAGAGUUUAUCAGCUCCGGAGAGACUCCCCUAAGAUUCAGAGAAAUAUUGUUCGAAUUAUUGGAAACUUGGCACUAAAUGAAGGCGUUCACCAGGCCAUAAUCCAGUCUGGCUGGUUGUCUGUCCUGGCUGAAAUGAUGCAGUCGCCACACGUCAUGCAGGCGUCUCAUGCUGCCCGAGCGCUGGCCAACCUGGACAGAGAGACCGUGGAGGAGAAAUACCAAGACGGCGUUUACAUCCUCCACCCACAAACCCGUGGCAACCAGCCCAUCAAAGCAGAUGUGCUUUUCAUCCACGGGAUUCUGGGAGCAGCUUUUAAGACGUGGAGGCAGAAGGACCCCAGCACUUCAGAAGAAAAGGAGGCGGAAAGCAAAGAUGAUUACACGGAGUGCUGGCCGAAGUCGUGGCUCGCUGCUGAUUGUCCAAAUUUGAGAGUGCUGUCAGUGGAGUACGACAGUCAUCUCAGCGACUGGAUGGCCAAAUGUCCGGCCGAGAAUCAAAGGAAAUCUUUGGCCUACAGAAGUCAAGAGCUGCUGAAGAAACUAAAGCAGGCAGGAGUUGGAGAGAGACCGGUGGUCUGGGUAGCCCACAGUAUGGGAGGUUUGCUUGUGAAGAAAAUGCUGCUUGAUGCGUCGGGGGACCCGGAUAUGGAUGGGUUACUGAACAACACCAAGGGCAUUUUGUUCUACAGCGUUCCCCACCACGGCACCUUCAUGGCAGAGUAUUCUGUCAAUGUCAGAUAUCUUCUGUUUCCCUCUAUAGAAGUCAGAGAACUAUGUAAAGAUUCACCAGCUCUGCUCAACCUGAAUGAGAGUUUCCUGAACAUCGCCAAAGAGAAGGACUUCAAAGUGCUCAGCUUUGCAGAGACACUGCCAACUAACAUUGGGCCCAUGAUCAAGAUACUGGUGGUGCCAACACAGUCAGCAAAUCUUGGCAUCGGAGAACUUAUUGAGGUGGACGUCGAUCACCUCAACAUCUGCAAGCCCGAGAGGAAGGAUUCCUUUCUGUACAAACGCAGCCUCCAGUUCAUCCUGGAAGCACUGCAGAGCUACAUCAGCCACUGACUGACAACACACACAACCUACUCUAUACUUGAAGUGUGGGAGAGCACUGUCACACGUUCUCAGACCAAAAUAAAGUGACUGCCUUCCAGUUUAAUUUUAAAACCAGAAAUGUGAACACAUUGCAAUGAUAUUGGCUUCUUUCUUUUUUUUUUCUUGACGUGAUUGUCGAGCAUUAUUAGGCCAAAUAGGUUUUGACAUAACUUCUCUUUUUAAUGAACAUGAGCAAUUAUAUAAUAUCUACAGGUCACUUCAGAUGUAGAAAAGUUACAUGAGAUUUUAUUUUGCUGUAAUUUUUCCUGCUUAUUAUUUGGAUACAUCACACUUACAUUACUUAUGUAGCUCCAAAUGCACUUAUGUUAAAUUGCAACUUAGACUUACGCCACUUGUCAUCUGCAGUGGCGAAGCUUUUUGUUUUAUUUUUGUUUCUAUUUUAUUUUAGCCACAGUAUUACAGUAAUGCUUUGUGCCAAAAUAUAUUCCUUCGGAAGCCUUACCUCAGAUGGGACUGGAGCAACAUAGUAGUUCAGGAUGCUAUAUUUAUUUCUACAUGACUAAUCAAACAGUUGAGUUUUCUAUUUUCUUGCAGGCCUCAAAUCCCAUUAGCAACGUCAAGUGUCGACAAUUGAAUAAAUGUGGGAA